AUGGACGAGAACAUGACGACUGUGGUGGACAAUGGUCAUCUGGAGCGCGACCCCUCAUCUCGGGUGCUGACCGGAUGUUUCCUCUCCCUGCUCAUACUCUCCACGCUACUGGGAAACACCCUGGUGUGUGCGGCCGUUACCAAGUUCCGCCACCUGCGCUCCAAAGUCACCAACUUCUUCGUCAUAUCGCUGGCAGUGUCGGACCUGCUGGUGGCCGUGCUGGUCAUGCCGUGGAAGGCCGUGACGGAGAUCGCCGGCUUCUGGCCGUUCGGCGCCUUCUGCGACGUGUGGGUGGCGUUCGACAUCAUGUGCUCCACGGCGUCCAUCCUCAACCUGUGCGUGAUCAGCGUGGACCGCUACUGGGCCAUCUCCAGCCCCUUCCGCUACGAGAGGAAGAUGACGCCGCGCGUGGCCUGUGUGAUGAUCAGCACCGCGUGGACCCUGUCCGUGCUCAUCUCCUUCAUCCCCGUCCAGCUGAACUGGCACAAGGCAGCGUCCGCCGCGUCCGCCGCCCAGUAUCACCACCUGAACCACCUCCAGCACCAGCAGCACCAUCAGUCUCCACUCCUCCCAACAUCCUCAUCCGCCACCAUGGCCUCAGUGAUGACGGGCACCAAUGCCUCCACGUCCACGGGGCACCCCUCUGCUGGGUCAUCGCCGACAUCUGUGGUGGCGGCGGCAUCGGUGAACUGCGACUCCAGCCUGAACCGCACGUACGCCAUCUCCUCCUCGCUGGUCAGCUUCUACAUCCCCGUGGCCAUCAUGCUGGCCACCUACACGCAGAUCUACCGCAUCGCCCAGCAGCAGAUCCGGCGUAUCUCGGCGCUAGAGCGGGCGGCCGAGAGCGCCAAGCAGCGCCACGACAGCAUGGGCGGCGGCUCCACCACCGCCUCCGAGUCGGACGCCACCUCCUCCUCCUCCUUCAAGCUGUCGUUCAAGCGCGAGACCAAGGUGCUCAAGACGCUCUCGGUCAUCAUGGGCGUGUUUGUGUGCUGCUGGCUGCCGUUCUUCGUGGUGAACUGCAUGGUGCCCUUCUGUGACUUUGCCUGCGUCAGCCCGACCACCUUCGACAUCUUCGUGUGGUUCGGCUGGGCCAACUCCUCGCUCAACCCUAUCAUCUACGCCUUCAACGCCGACUUCCGCAAGGCCUUCGCCGUCCUCCUGGGAUGCCAGCGGUUCUGCCCCGGCAACGGCGGCGUGGAGACAGCCAGCCUGAACAAGACCUGAUGGGAGAUCGAGGAGAGCAACCUCCCCACCAACACCACUACCGCCACCAGCACCACUGCCCUCCACAGCCAGCCUGAACAAGACCU